UCGCCGCGCAUGCGAUUUCGGCGAUUUUCUUCCACACGAGCCUCUGGUGAAAAUGGCGGAGCAAAGUUCCGUGCCGAGUGAUCUUUACAAACAUGUAUAUUCAUUUCUACUGGAGAACAAGUUUACCAAGGCUGCCCAACACUUCAUCAAACAAGCUAAAGUGCCACCCCAGGAUGAAAAAGAAACUGCUGGUCUUCUUGACAUCUUUAACUUCUGGGUAAAGUCUCCCGAAGCUAAGAAACGCAAGGCGCUGCCCAUCGGUCCAGAAAACAGUGACAGUCCGUCUGCUAAGAAGGCAAAGACUGCAGAGAGCUCCAGUGAGGAGUCAAGCAGUGAUGAUGAGGAAGCUGCGGUAGCUGCCAAGGCUGCACCCACAGCAGCCAAGGCUCCACGCCCUGCUAAAUCAGAUUCCAGCAGCAGUGAUGAUUCCAGUGACGAGGAGGAGGCUGUAGCAAAGAAACCUGCAGCAGCCAAAGCCCCAGUGAAGACCCCUGUGGUGUCAGCAGUCAGGAAAAAGGACUCCAGCUCCAGCAGUGAGUCAUCUGAAGAUGAGGCCAAAGCUCCUGCAGCUAAACGAAAGGCUCCUGCCGCGACCCCUAAGGUAGGAAAGGCUGCAGCCGUGACCCCUAAGGCAGCAGCUCAGAAGAAGACUGCGAGCAGCAGCAGUAGUGAGGACAGCUCCAGUGAAGACGAGGCGCCCACUAAGACCCCGGUGAAACCCCAUGGCCUCGUCAAGACCCCUCCAGCUAAGGCCGCCGAGUCCAGCAGUGACGACUCUUCGUCAGAUGAAGAGGAGGCCUCUCCCAGCAACAAGACAAAAUCAGGUGCUUACAGGGCUGUCCCACCCUCUGCUGCAGCUAAGACCCCUGCUGCUAAGGACAGUAGUUCCUCAGACAGCAGUGAUGAUGAGGAGGAGGAGAAGAAGAAGAAAGUGCCAACUAAAGCAGUCCCAGUCAAAACCACCCCGGCCAAGACUGUGACACCCAAAGCUUCUGCAGCUGCUAAGAAGGCAGAGUCCAGCUCUGAGAGCACAGACUCCAGCUCUGAAGAAGAAGAAGCAGCAAAGAAGCCAGCAGCAAAGGCUACCCCGGCUAAGGCUACCCCGGCUAAGGCUACCCCGGCUAAGGCUACCCCGGCUAAGGCUACCCCGGCUAAGGCUACCCCGGCUAAGGCUACCCCGGCUAAGGCUACCCCGGCUAAGGCUACCCCGGCUAAGGCUACCCCGGCUAAGGCUACCCCGGCUAAGGCUACCCCGGCUAAGGCUACCCCGGCAGAAGACUCCGACUCCAGCUCUGAGGAUGAAGAAGAGGCUAAGAAGCCAGUAGUAAUAAGGGUUAAGUCCACAGCUGUCAAAAUAACGGUUACCCCUGCCAAGGAAGACUCUUCCUCAGACUCCAGCUCGGAGGAGGAGGAGGGUUCGAAGACUGUGAAAGUAGCGCCAGCCACAGCAGCAGUAACGGUGGCAGAGGUAAAGGAGCAGGGGGCCAAGACUGUGACUGUAGCGGGGGCCAAGGCUACUGUGAAGGUGGUGGAAGACGGCUCCUCUUCCUCGAGCUCCGAGGAUGACGAAGAGGGGACAGUGAAAGUAGCACCAGCUAAGGCGACUCCUACCGUGACCCGAGGCAAGGCUGCUGAAUCCUCCUCGGACUCUGACUCAAGCUCAGAAGAUGAGGAAGAGGCUAAAAAGCCAGCAGCCAAGGUGACCCCAGCCAAGGUGACCCCAGCCAAGGUGACCCCAGCCAAGAAAUCAGACCCUUCCAGCUCUGACUCUGACAGCAGUUCUGAGGACGAGACACCAGCUAAACCUGCUGCAGCUGCCCCCAAGGCCCCAGCCAAGGCUGCUACAGAAAACAGCUCGGAUUCAGAAUCUUCUUCUGAAGAUGACGAACCCUCAGCUAAGAAGGCUACCCCAGCCUCUGUUGCUAAACCAGCCUCCAAACCAGCCACUCCGGUUACUAAAGCAGCUGCAGCGGAGAGCAGCUCGGACUCCGACUCUUCUUCUGAAGAUGACGAACCCCCAGCUAAGAAGGCUACCACAUCCUCUGUUCCUAAAUCAGCUUCCAAACCAGCCAUCCUGGUUACUAAAGCAGCCGAGAGCAGUUCAGACUCCGACUCUAGCUCAGAUGAGGAUGAGGCCAUAGCUAACAAGGCUACCUCUAAACCAGCCACCCCAGUGGUGACUAAAUCAGCCUCUAAACCAGCCACCCCAGUGGUGACUAAAUCAGCCCCAGCCAAGGCAGCAGCCGAGAGCAGCUCCGAUUCAGACAGCUCGGACUCGGAGGACCAGGCUGCUGCUGCCAAGAAGACCACCACAAAACCUGCAGCCAAGCGUCCUGCCGUCAAGACGCCGGCUAAAGCUGCAGAGUCGUCAUCGUCCGAGGAGAGUAGCUCUGAGGAAGAAGAGGCCAGUAAAAAGGCUGUGAAACCCGCUGCCACCCCCAAGACCAACGCAGCAGCCAGACCUAAAGCCAAGGAGGACAGCAGCUCUUCAGAUGACUCCAGUGAUGAAGAGGCAGCGCCCAAACCAGCAGCAGUGAAGGCUGAAACCCCAGCCUCAGCUAAAAAGGCAGCCGAAAGCAGCUCAGACUCUUCCGACAGUUCCGACUCGGAGGUGGAGACAGAGACCGCCAAGACGACGCCCGCUAAGCCUGCUCUGACCAAUGGAAAGCCAGCUACACCCAAAGCAACCACCUCUGCAGUCAAGGCAACAAAACCAACCAAGGCUGCCGAGUCUUCCUCUUCCGAGGAGAGUAGCUCUGAGGAAGAGGCCAGUAAAAAGGCUGUGAAACCCACUGCCACCCCCAAGACCACCCCAGCAGCCAGACCUAAAACCACCCCUGCUGCCACCCCCAAGACCACCCCAGCAGCCAGACCUAAAACCACCCCUGCUGCCACCCCCAAGACCACCCCAGCAGCCAGACCUAAAACCAAGGAGGCCAGCAGCUCAUCAGAUGACUCUUCUUCUUCUUCUGAAGAAGAAGAGGCGGCGGUGAAAGCACCAGCAGCAGUCACCACUCCCAUCGCUAACGGCACUGUAAACGGUAAGAGAAAAAGGGAUGGAGAAGCCUCAGAGGAUGAGGAAGAAUUAACGACACCUAAAAAUAAGAAGGCAGCAACAACAACAACACCACAGACGUUCCCUAAAGUCUCUAAGAAGAUCAAUGUACCUUUUCGUAGAAUAAGAGAGGAGGAAAUUGAUGUGGAUAACCGACUGGCUGACAACUCCUUCGACGCCAAGCGCGGGUCGGAUGGAGACUGGGGCCAGAGGGCCAAUGACGUGCUCCGCUUCACCAAGGGAAAGUCCUUCCGCCACGAGAAGACCAAGAAGAAGAGGGGUAGCUACUGCGGAGGAGCCAUCUCCCAGUCCGUCAACUCCAUCAAGUUCGACAGCGAUUGAGAACCUAGUCAUUGUUUGUCACUACCCCUCUUUCUCCUCCUCUCGACCCAGGACUAUCUGAGAACCAGGACGGUCUGACCUCCCCCUCAGCUGCAACCUGACUGAGCUGAAGAUCGUGAACUAGAGCUGAGACUGCUGCACUCAUAACUGCCUGGUGAUUUUUAGUUUGUGCGUCUGUGUUAAACCAGUCCUUUAAAAUGCACAUUUCUUAAUGGUGGAAUGACGGUGUAGAAGUGGAGACUAGCUUUCCUUGAAAUGGCACCCUAUUGCUAUGUAGUGCACUACGUAGGAAAUAGGGUGCCAUUUAGGACACCGGCAAGGCUGCAGGGGAGGUGUCUUGACUGUCUCCCUGUGCCUUCAGGAUGGCUCAAAGGAUUCAUGUACAACACAUAGCCACCAGGUGGCAGUAGUAAGCUACCAAUUCAGUUAAAUAUCAAUUUAGAUUUCUUGCUUGCUUUUUCUCUCAGCCCCUUAAUCUGUUGCUUGUUGUGAUUAUUGUUAGCCUGGAUCUUACACCUUCUGUCCAGUGAUUUCUUUUUUUUCAGUCGUAAAUGUUAAUUCUGUUGUUUCUUGUAUAUUGCAGUUUGCAUUGUCAGACUCAUUGCGGGGAAGGGGUUAUUCGUUUUGAUUUGUGUUGGGAAAAUGACUGUUUUGUAUGGAACAUGCAGACCUGUGGUUUGUUUGAUCGUUGAAUGAAAUGUUCUUUAGUUUCUCUUUGGUAUGAUUAUUAUGGUGUGAAUCUUUCGUAGUGGGUGCGUUCCAGGCUGACUACAUUGCAGUGGCCUACCAGAUCUCACGCCUGAAUAAGGAUUCAACCACUGCAAUGUAGUCUGUUUGGAACAUACCCGUUUUCUUCUCCUGCAGUAUCAUGUAGGGCCGUCACGGUUUAGAUUUUGUAGGUUUUAUGUCAGUAUUUAAGUUUUUAGCCUGGGAGUAUCAGGGAUCAUCCAACUGUCAUUACAAGCGGCAGUCUAAAAAAAUUACUUCCUGGGUCAUGUUCAGUAGGCUAUACUGAAAGAAAACAUUUUGAAACGGAAAACGGUAAACUCAGUUUCUAAAUAAAGUAAUUCUGUUGUGCCUACUGUUACAUCUGAAAUGGCAUCCCUUUCACUACUGGUUGUAAGUAGUGUACUGUAGGGAAUACGCUGCCCUUUCAGAUGUGAAGUUGAUUCCUGCUGAAGUGAAACUGCCAGCCUAUUGGUUCAUUGGCUGCUGAGGUUUAGCAGCCAACCCCAAGUUGUUUUAACUUUGUGAAUUUUCAAUUUCCUGUUUCUAUUCCUAUAAACCCCCUUAGUCUUAUUUUCUUAUUGAGUAUUAUUAUUACUUGAAUAAAAUACUUAGUUGUUUCAA